GCGCCCAAACCGAUAAAAAAAAAACCUCUCCGUUUCUCCUUUUGUCACUCGAACAGGGAAGUAGGCAGGACUCGAGUCAGAGGCGCAGCCGCAGACACAACCUCCCCCGUGGUCCGCUGUGAGUGAGUGAGUGUCAGUUGAGGGUUCAACGCGAGCUGCCAGGUUAUCAUCUCGUUCACGGACAUUAUCCAACGCAGUUCCUCACGAGACAAUGAGCAACCUUCCCUUCUCUCGGUCUGAGGUGUUUGGGGAGCUGAGGAAGGAGCUGCAUGAAGAUGAAGAGUUCGAUCAGUCUGCUCACGUCUUCAUCAUCAUGGGAGCAUCGGGGGAUCUGGCUAAGAAGAAAAUCUACCCAACUCUAUGGUGGUUGUACAGAGACGGCCUCCUCCCUGAGCAGACGUAUUUUGUGGGCUUUGCUCGCUCUGACCUGACGGUUGAUGCCAUUCGGACUUCUUGCAUGCCAUACCUGAAGGUGACGGAUAAAGAUGCAGAGCGGUUGUCCGCCUUCUUCAAGAGGAACACGUACAUCAGCGGGAAAUAUACAGACGAGAGUUCCUUCUCCAAACUCGACACGCACAUCACGUCUCUUCCCGGAGGAGCCACGGCAAACCGUCUCUUCUACCUGGCGCUGCCGCCCACCGUCUACCACGAUGUCACCAAGAACAUCAAGCACUGCUGCAUGGGCACCAAAGGCUGGACCAGGGUGAUUGUAGAGAAGCCGUUUGGACGCGACCUUCAGAGCUCCGAGGAGCUGUCCGCUCACCUCUCCUCGCUCUUCACUGAAGACCAAAUCUACCGUAUAGAUCACUAUCUGGGCAAAGAAAUGGUGCAGAACCUCAUGGUGCUCAGGUUUGGGAACCGGAUCUUCGGGCCGAUCUGGAACAGGGACAGCGUGGCCUCCAUCGUUAUCACCUUUAAAGAACCGUUUGGGACUUGGGGCCGAGGAGGCUACUUUGAUGAUUUUGGCAUCAUCCGUGAUGUCAUGCAGAACCACUUGCUCCAGAUGCUCUGCCUGGUUGCCAUGGAGAAACCAGCUUCCACCAGCUCCGAUGAUGUCAGGGACGAAAAGGUGAAGGUGCUGAAGUGCAUCGCUCCUCUCACCAUAUCCAACGUGGUGCUGGGUCAGUACGUGGGGGAUCCAGAGGGGGAGGGAGACGCCAAACUGGGGUAUCUCGAUGAUCCUACAGUUCCCGAGGGAUCAACUCAGGCCACGUUCACCAUGGCCGUACUUUAUGUGCACAACGAACGCUGGGACGGUGUUCCUUUCAUCCUCCGCUGUGGAAAAGCUCUGAAUGAGCGGAAAGCUGAGGUGCGGCUGCAGUUCACGGACGUCCCGGGGGACAUUUUUGGAAAUCAGUGUCGCAGGAAUGAGCUGGUGGUGCGCGUGCAGCCCAACGAGGCCGUCUACGCCAAGAUGAUGAGCAAGAAGCCCGGCAUCUACUUCAGCCCUGAGGAAACGGAGCUGGACCUCACCUACAAGAGCCGAUACAAGGAUGUGAAGCUUCCAGACGCUUACGAACGUCUCAUCCUGGACGUCUUCUGUGGGAGUCAGAUUCACUUUGUGCGCAGUGAUGAACUAAGGGAAGCAUGGCGGAUCUUCACACCUCUUCUUCAUCAGAUAGACAGAGAGAAGCCCAAACCUAUUGCAUACAAAUUUGGAAGUCGGGGCCCAACAGAAGCUGACGACCUUGCGAAGAAAGUUGGAUUUCGCUAUGAAGGCACUUACAAAUGGGUCAACCCUCACAGACUGUAGAGAUGAGGGAGGAGUAGAGGCAGGAGAGUAGGAGGGGUAAGUGAGCCGUGUCUUCUGAGGAAAGAAGCGUUUCCACGAUGGAUCCAUCGCUGUAGCAGAAACGAGCUAUUAUUUCUCAGGUAUGGCAAUAAUUCCUUGGAACCAGUUCAUCAGAUAUUAAAAAGCUAAUUAUCCAUUUCUGCCGUCAACCGUGCGCUAAUACUGCAGUUCUUGUGUUUUUUCGUCAUACAUUCACAGCAACUCUCUGUUGCAUUUGAGAGGUGGUAGCAAGUCAGCUGUUCACUCGUCGUACCGAAGACGGCAGAGACGAGAAAUGAUUGUUCACCAGCUGUCGCUCUUAAUGACAUUAUGAUCGCAAUAGCGUUAUGCUUUGGCCGCAGUUAUUAAUCACACUGGGUGGAAUUUAGUUUUCUUUCUGCCUUUUAUAAAAGGGCGUUGCAGACAUCUUUCUCUUCUAAGCAUUCGUACUGGAAUAGUCUUAAGUGUCCUUAUGGAUCGACGAGCUCUCGUAGCAUUCUUUAGGGCUUCAUUCCCUUUUGUGUAUUUAAGCUGCUGAUGUUCAUUCAAACUAUUCAGUCACCAGACGGGUCAACAGUGAAUGUCUCUGUCAUGAUUAGCUACAUUCCCACGACUUGUCAUCAAUAAACCAGCUUUCCUUCUCCGUU